AUGUGGGUGACCAGACUUCUGCCAGUCCUGCUGCUGCAGCACGUCCUCCUACACCUCCUCCUGCUUCCCAUCGCCAUCCCCUAUGCAGAAGGACAGAAGAAAAGAAGAAACACACUUCAUGAAUUCAAAAGGUCAGCAAAGACUACUCUAAUUAAAGAGGACCCAUUACUGAAGAUAAAAACAAAAAAAAUGAACACUGCAGACCAAUGUGCCAAUAGAUGUAUUAGGAAUAAAGGACUUCCAUUCACUUGCAAGGCCUUUGUUUUUGAUAAAGCAAGAAAACGAUGCCUCUGGUUCCCUUUCAAUAGCAUGUCAAGUGGAGUAAAAAAAGAGUUUGGCCAUGAAUUUGACCUCUAUGAAAACAAAGACUACAUUAGAAACUGUAUCAUUGGUAAAGGCGGUAGCUACAAGGGAACGGUAUCUAUCACUAAAAGUGGCAUCAAAUGCCAGCCCUGGAAUUCCAUGAUACCACAUGAACACAGCUUUUUGCCUUCGAGCUAUCGGGGUAAAGACCUACAGGAAAACUACUGUCGAAAUCCUCGAGGUGAAGAAGGGGGACCUUGGUGUUUCACAAGCAAUCCAGAGGUACGCUACGAAGUCUGUGACAUUCCUCAGUGUUCAGAAGUUGAAUGCAUGACCUGCAAUGGGGAAAGUUACCGAGGCCCCAUGGAUCACACAGAAACAGGCAAGAUUUGUCAGCGCUGGGAUCAUCAGACACCACACCGGCACAAAUUCUUGCCAGAAAGAUAUCCCGACAAGGGCUUUGAUGAUAAUUAUUGCCGCAAUCCUGAUGGCAAGCCGAGGCCAUGGUGCUAUACUCUUGACCCUGACACCCCCUGGGAGUACUGUGCAAUUAAAAUGUGCGCCCACAAUACUAUGAAUGACACAGAUGUCCCUAUGCAAACAACUGAAUGCAUUCAAGGUCAAGGAGAAGGUUACCGGGGCACCAUCAAUACCAUUUGGAAUGGAAUUCCCUGUCAGCGUUGGGAUUCCCAGUAUCCUCACCAGCAUGACAUAACUCCUGAAAAUUUCAAGUGCAAGGACCUAAGAGAAAAUUAUUGCCGAAAUCCAGAUGGGGCUGAGUCACCGUGGUGUUUUACCACUGAUCCAAACAUCCGAGUUGGCUACUGCUCCCAAAUUCCAAAAUGUGACGUGUCAAGUGGACAAGAUUGUUAUCGUGGGAAUGGCAAAAAUUAUAUGGGCAGUUUAUCCAAAACACGAUCUGGACUAACAUGUUCUAUGUGGGAUAAGAACAUGGAAGAUUUACACCGGCAUAUCUUCUGGGAACCAGAUGCUAGUAAGCUGAAUAAGAAUUACUGUCGGAAUCCUGAUGACGAUGCCCACGGUCCCUGGUGUUACACAGGGAAUCCUCUCAUUCCUUGGGAUUAUUGCCCUAUUUCUCGUUGUGAGGGUGAUACCACACCUACAAUAGUCAAUUUAGACCAUCCUGUAAUAUCUUGCGCCAAAACAAAACAAUUGCGAGUUGUAAAUGGAAUUCCAACACGAACAAAUGUAGGAUGGAUGGUUAGUUUGAAAUACAGAAAUAAACAUAUCUGCGGAGGAUCAUUGAUAAAGGAAAGUUGGAUUCUUACUGCAAGACAGUGUUUCCCUUCUCGAAACAAAGACUUGAAAGAUUAUGAAGCUUGGCUUGGAAUUCAUGAUGUCCAUGGGAGAGGAGAUGAGAAACGCAAACAGGUUCUAAAUGUUACCCAACUGGUAUAUGGGCCUGAAGGAUCAGAUUUGGUAUUACUGAAGCUUGCUAGGCCUGCUAUUUUGGAUGAUUUUGUUAGUACAAUUGAUUUACCUAAUUAUGGGUGCACAAUUCCUGAAAAAACCACUUGCAGUGUUUAUGGCUGGGGCUACACUGGAUUGAUCAACUCAGAUGGUCUACUACGAGUAGCACAUCUCUAUAUUAUGGGGAAUGAGAAAUGCAGCCAAUAUCAUCAAGGGAAGGUGACUCUGAAUGAGUCUGAAAUAUGUGCUGGGGCUGAAAAUAUUGUAUCAGGACCAUGUGAGGGCGAUUAUGGUGGCCCACUUGUUUGUGAACAACAUAAAAUGAGAAUGGUUCUUGGUGUCAUUGUUCCUGGUCGUGGCUGUGCCAUUCCGAACCGUCCUGGCAUUUUUGUUCGAGUGGCAUAUUACGCAAAAUGGAUACACAAAAUUAUAUUAACAUAUAAGGUACCACAGUCAUAG